AUGGCCAAUAGGGCCUGCGACUCCUGCAAGCGCCGGAAGAUCAAACGAUUGCCACCCCAGUGUGACGGCUCGCCUACCGAGUGCUCCAACUGUCGGAUAUCGAACUUGACCUGCAGCUACUCCAUCCUUCCCAAGAAGCGGGGACCGAAGCCGAACUCAGUCCGGCGACGUCGUGCUAAAGAUGUUGUUGAUAGCUCCUCAUCGUCUCCUCGCACAAUCCAGACCUCACCUGCCCAUAAUCCAGGAGUGUCAGUGGAAGAGACGAAGUUGCCGGUAGGAGAGUGGUCGAGUUUCGACAUCCACCCCCCUUCCCUGAGGUCGCCUUGUUUCUCGAAUCCUACACCGAGUAGUGACAGCGUGAACACGCCCGGGUACUUACCUUCCACCAACGUCCUCGGGAUUGCAACAUGGCCAAAUAGCCACAUCCCCGAUGCCAGAGACGCCGCCGGCGAUAUCUACAGCAGCCUGGUGGCUGCCAUCUGCGCCGCUGUGCCCAACAAGUCUCCUCGACAGCUCGUAGAUGACUGUAUCAGCAGGCACCUGCAGUUCACAUUUCCUGUCGCGCCCAUCUAUCACGAACCCACCGUUCGCCGCAAUGCCGCACGCUUCUUUUCCGGGUCUGCCUUCGCAGCUCCCAAUUCGAUGAACCCUUUCGCCGCAGACAUCACUCCAAAGGAGCACCUGGCGUCUCUGAGGGCCUUCACGCACAUCACGGGGCUCUGUGCAAGCACCGCCAACUCGCCAGAGAACCUGGCCGCGAUCCCGGCGAGUGUCGCGACAAGCUUCCUCCGAGCCUCUCGCGCCUGCCUCAAGCUUUAUGAGGACUACGACAUUGAGCACCCCAAUUAUUACUCCAUCAUCAUUCACAUAUACCAUUCGGCAGCGCUUCACGGAAGCGGCAGGACCAUGCAUUCAUGGCACGAGCUCGGACAGGCCAUCAUCAUUGCCCAGUCUAUGCGGCUGCACGACGAGCGUUCGCGCGCACGGUACGCAGCCAAUCCCUUGGAGGCCCAGCUGCUGCGCUUCAUCUACUGGUCUCUCUACAUGAUCAACCGCUCGGCGGCAGUCCUCAACAAUCGGCCUAUCCUCCUGCGGCACUCCAUCUCAGACCUGCCUCCGGAGAUCCCUUUCCUAGUGCCAGAUCGAAUCCCGCUUCUCGAUCCCACAUCUGUGUAUAGCGCGCCGCCCUUCGAGGAACGUGUUCUCCAUGGAGCGGACCUGUGCCGCCGGAUAUGGACGACUGCCGCGGAUCUCAUCGAAGGGAUCCAGGCUUGCGCAGUCCAGAAUCGAGACGAGCGGGCCAGAGCUGUCGCGUUGACGGACCUCAUGUGCACAUAUGUCGCCUUUACCAGCAUCCUAGACGACCUUCCGACCUGGCUGCAGUCGCCAGACAGCAUACUGACGGACGGCGCCACAGACACGGCGAUAGCUCUCUACCAGCGCGGGUCUUUCUGGCGGUUGAGAGUCGACGCGGUAGUCACCUUUCACUGCCUACGCAUGGUGCUGCUGAAGCGGUGCGCCGAGAACGGUUUGGUCACCAUCUUGGGUCUCAGCGACGAGCCGCUGAUGAUCGCUAUGAGGACGGCGGAGAUUGCCAGGGACUGCUUGGAUGUGGUGGACUCGAUCCCUUUCGAGUAUCUGCAGACGAAUGGAGAACCGCUGAUGGAGAAGCUCCGUCAGAUCGGCAGUGCGCUGCUUGAGCUGAGCCAGAAGACCGAGUUCGAGAUGAUCAAGACCAGGGCGAAGGCGUAUCUGGUGAGGUUGUUGAAUAUUUUGGCUAGGCUGGGUUCUCGUGCGGUCGAUGAGCUCAACAUUGACCCGACCGAGUGA